UCAAGAUGAAAUCACACUUGUGCUGUGGUAAUGUUGCAGGAGUUGGGGAAGACCUGGGAGGAGCUGCAGUCUGAGGACAACAGGGAGCUCUUUGAGGAUGAAGAUGAUGAUUGGUCAGAUUGGCAGGCUCAUCCCGUGUGUGUCGUGUAUCUGUUUUGUGAGCAGCAAGCAGAAACAAUGGAGAAAAAUUACACAUACGUGGAGGAAACUCAUGAAUUUGACCUGCACAAAUUAAAAACAGACUUAAGCCUGAAGUUUUACCAGCAAGUGAACCUAGUGAAUUACAUCCGCCGUGACUCGUGAGUUUCACCAGUGCUGAUGCUACUGCUGUCAGAAGAGGUUAGAAACCAGAGAGGAACUAGUGCAACACCUGGUCAACACAGGUCAUGUGAUGCAGCUGCCUGAGGUCUCCCACUGGGACCAACCACAGUAAGCAUGACACGUUCACGAACACCCUUUUUUAUUAUUAUUAAUAUUUUC